CCCAUUCCUGAAAUGGGCAAAUUUAGCAUUUUUCAAACAUCUGAAGUAGCUUUUUUCCUGCAAUCUAGAGUCACUAUGCUUAAUUAUAUUUUAAAAAAUAUGUAUAUUUUUCUGCAUAUCUAAGCAUACCUCUUGAGCUCUCUAUUCUCCUGCCUGACUGGUGCUUAUUUUUUUCAAAGAAACUAAAUAUGCUUCUCUGCGUCUCUACUAAAGUCUAGGUAAAAUAUUCAAAGGAAUGUGGGUCUUAUUCAGUACAUUUAGUAAUUGCUAGCAUUUCAAAAGACUACCAACCUUGCCAGCAGGCUUGCCAACUAAGAUAGUUAUACAAGCUAGCAACUCUAGCCUGAUAAAUAGCCUGAAAUAGCUUCUUGGUAGCUAGUUAUGAGGUUGGGAGAUUGGGAACCUAUCUGGACUAGCUAAAGCCAACUUCAUAAAAUUGCUACAGUAGGUGGCUAGUAGUAUUAUAGAGAAACAACAAAAGAUUUAACAAAAAAUGUAAAUAAUAUAUAUAUACACUGAAUACAAAUAUAAACACAACGUGCAACCAUUACAAAGAUUAUACUGAGUUACUAGUCAUAGAUACCUUAAAAAUAAAAGUAGGGGCGUGGAUCAGAAAACCAAUCAUUAUCUGGUGUGACCACCAUUUGCCUCAAGCAGCACAACACAUCUCCUUCUUAAAGAGUUGAUCAGGCAGAUUGUGGCCUUUGGAAUGUUGUCCCACUCCUCUUCAAUGUCUGUGCGAAGUUGAUGGAUAUUGGUGGGAACUGAAACACACUGUCAUACACAUCAAUCCAGAGCAUCCCAAACAUGCUCAGUGGGUGACAUGUCUGAAAAUGAACUAUGCCUAAAAGUGGACAAACCACUUAAUACGUACAAGACAUCUGAAACACCACCAUGGAGAACAACGAUGCACCUGUCGAGUUUAACGAUGACAGGACAGUGUGUGUGACGUCAGUGAAAGGGUUAAAGGAGAACUGGCAGAGAUGGUCCAACAAGCACCAGGAGUACCAGAAACACAACCCCUUCAGUAACAACCGGGGGGCUAUGGUGAAUGUGACUGCCCAGCAGCAGAGGCUCCAAAGGGACCAGGAUGGCUACGGGAGGCCCCUGGAGGGCUCCUUGACAGAGCAGAGGGGAAGGGACGCCCACGUCCACAUCACCCGGGAGGUGGAGGAGCUCUGCCAGAUGAUCAGGGACAUCGGGGAAAGCCGUGGCGGUGGGGACGGAGGCAGCGAGGAGAGACCUGUCGUGACAGUGGAGUUUGGGAAGCUGUUUGAGCACUAUGUGAACAUCUCCAACAAGGUGGUGGGGAUCCUGCUGAGGGCCAGAAAACAAGGCCUGGUCAGCUUUGAAGGGGAGAUGUUGUGGCAGGGGCAGGAUGACCGGGUCCUCAUCACACUGCUACAGUGACCAGGAUGAAAUGACAGGGUCGCCAUUAUGCUGCUUCAGUGACCAGGUUUAUGCAGCCGACGGACAAGACAUUAACCAAGGCCCUGUCCAGAAACAUCCCCUAGCUCUUUAGGCAUUUGUGUAGUUGUGAAAGGAUUGGCUAGGUCUAAGCAAUAUGGUGAAAAUUACAUUAGGUAGCAAGGUGCAGCAACACCUAUCCAAUUCUUUCAUGUUUACACCUGCACCUAGCAAGGGUAGUUGUUUCUGGGCAGGGCCCAAGAUAACUAACCUGUGGCAGCAGGGACAUGCAAUAUGGUGCUGUAGGAUGAACCUGAGCUUAUUGGCCUGAAUGGACUUUGCGUUGCAUUCCCAGUUACACAAGUACACUGUAAUCUACACAGCGUUUACAAUGUUCCUUAGCAAUCUUUGUAAUUAGACAGAGGAAAUGUGUACAUUCUAUGGCACAAAUACCACACACUGACACUGUAGGCUUAUGUUAGAAAUCCUGGAAGGAGGCUAUGAAACUGUAUACAUGGUUGACAAUGUAGCAAAAUGCAUCACAAUUAUAUUUACAUUCAGGAGAAAUAGCACAUCACUUUUUGAUCCACUGGCAUUUGUGGAAUUCACACUGUACUAUAUGCACAUUGUUCAACCUAACGAGGGUUGUUUGAGGAAUGCUUUUUCAGCUACUUGCACUCAUGAAAUAUACUGUAACACUUUACUAAUUUGAAAAAUAAUUACUGUAUUCCAAACAUGUUUGUUUAGAAAGGCACUGAUUUUUAUCAAUAAAGUCUUCACACAAAAAAAAAAAAAUCACCAAAACGGACUAAUUCAUAAUACAAUUGCAUUAGAAUGACAGGUAACACUUUAUUUAAAGCCUGCAUAACAUAAUACUUUUUAAUAAGGCAUUAGAAAGAGUCAUAUUAAGUCAUACUGCCUAAGUCAUACUGCAUACUUUACAGUAAGUGUUACUGAAUGAUGUUUCCCAUUAAUAAGAGACCAGGAAGGAAAUCUGAUACACUUGUGGAGGCAGCAAUGCAUAAUUUAUUUAACCAUGAACCACCAUUAUUAUUUUACAGCGACACGUCAACCAAUAAAUACAAACACAUGACGCUCUUAAUUUCAUGCAGCAGCAUACACUAAACAUACAUUACUUUGUUGAGUGUUCCAUUGGGCUGUAGUGCAUAACAAAAUUAAGAAUCACUCUCCAACAUUCAUAAUAAAAUAACACAAUUAAUGCAGAGUAUUGUGUUAACAGAAUGUGACUCAAGAAACAAUUGUUUAUGGAUGACUGAGCUCCUAUUAUGCAUCUUGAUGAAUUAGUAAUGUAGGUAUUAUUCAGUGAAUAUAUUAAACCUCCACACCCCAGUGUACACUUCCAUUUUACUCUUUGAUCAUAUAUGAUUGAAUACCAUUCAUGCAAAACAGUUGCUUUUCUGAUCACUUGACUGAGGCCUAAAAGAGCUCAUACUUCUCAUU